AUGAAGAAUGAGUUGGUUGAUGCUCUUGACAUGAUCUCCCCAAUGAUUAAACAUCCAGAAACUUAUUAUAUUGAUCCUUUGGAUAUAGAGCUGAAAGAACAUCUGAUCCAUUGUUCACAUGUUGAAGCAGAACUAGACGGUUUGCCAUGGUAUUUUGAUGUGAAGAAGUAUUUGGAGUCUGGGAUUUAUCCUGAAGAUGUCACAUCCAUCCAGAAGAAGUCGAUACGCCGUAUAGCCCUCAACUUCUUUCUAAUCGGACAAAUCCUUUACAUGAGGACUCCAGAUUUAGGUCUUCUCAGAUGUAUCGAUGUUGUUGAAGAUGCAAAGCUUAUUGAACAAAUACAUGCUAGCCGGUUAUUUUUGGAUGACCAUGGAGCAUGA